GAGAACACAUCCCAUUCAUGACCUUUGCCCUUCGUUUCCCCUGGACUCAAAAUAUGGAAUUGUUAAUAUUCAGUAUAUUUUCAACUUUUCUGCUGUUAUCUAGCCCUUGCCAUGCUGACAGUAAUUCCAAUCUCGGUUCUAUAUGUGAAGUUGAUAAUGCUCCCAAUAGCAGUGAAUACCAAGCCAAUCUGAGCGAGCUGCAGAAUUCACUUGUUGCUAAUGCGCCUAUCCAAAAUGGCUUCUACAUGACCGCAGCAGGUAAAGGUGCUAACAAGAUUUAUGGCCUUACACAAUGCAGAGGUGAUAUUUCUGCCACAGACUGUGCAGCCUGCAUCAAGAAUGUUACCAUGGUACAAGGCUGCUCAAACAGUAAAGAUGCUAGUUUUUGGUUUCAGUGGUGUCUCGUAAGGUAUUCAGUCCGGAGAUUUUUCGGUGAAUCGGAUCAAUCAGGAAUAAUGGCAACUUACAAUGAGACCAAUUUUGAAGAUGCAAAAGUGGUUUCUGAAGGACUUAACUUCACAAAAACGCUUGCUUCUACAACUCCUAACCAGCCUUCGAUGUUCUACACCGCAGUAUUGGAUGUUGGACAGAGUGGGAAGAGGUAUGGCAUGGCUCAAUGCACUAGAGAUCUCAGCAAGAGUAACUGUGGCAAGUGCUUGGAUAUCCAAUUGGUGACAUCUUUAAAUAUUUAUGGGAAUAAGAGAAAUUGGGAUGUUCAUGGAUCUAGUUGCAGCAUGUGGUACUAUGACUACCAGUUCUACUUCAACUAUUCAACACCUGCAGCAAAGGGAGGUUCCACAAGAUCCUCACCACAUCGAGUUGCAAUUGGCGUGGCCUUUCCAGUGCUAGUGUUUCUGUUAGUUCUUUAAUAUGCUAUUGAAUACCUUCUUUUGUUCAUGGAGAAAU